AUGGUGGGUGAUGAAGAUUCACCGUCGGAUUCAGGAUAUUUGCGAAUCUUGCUGUUUGGGAGAACAGGAAAUGGAAAGAGUGCGACAGGAAACACUAUCCUUGGAAUAAAUGAGUUUAACAGUGAAGACAGGUCACAGUUGGUGACCACUACUUGUCAGAAGGGAGUUGUUGACGUUGAUGGUAAAUCAGUAGCUGUUAUUGAUACUCCGGGACUCUUUGACAUGACAGUGUCAAAAGAACAAGUGGUGAAAGAAAUAAUGAAAUGUAUUUCACUGUCCGCACCUGGACCUCAUGUGUUCAUUAUUGUGUUGAGUUUGGGAAGAAUCACUCAAGAGAAGCAAGACACUCUAGAGAUCAUAAAGAAGAUCUUUGGCCCAAAAGCAGCAGAGUUCAGCAUUGUUCUCUUCACUAAAAAAGAUGAUCUGAAAGAACAAACAAUAGAACAAUAUAUAGAGAAGAGUAAAAACGAUGAACUCAAGAAACUGAUCAGUGACUGUGGAAACAGAUUCCUGGCUUUUAACAACACAGAAACACAAGAUCGGACACAAGUUACUGAGUUAUUAAACAUGAUAGAAGAGCUGAAGGAAUCUAAUGAGGGACAAUACUUCACUAAUGAGAUGUUUGAGGAGGCAGCGAUCUCUAUUGAACAGAGAAGGGAAAAUCUAAAAGAGAAAGAAAGAAAAAAUCAGGAUAAAGUUGAAGAAUUAAAAGCCAAAUAUGACAUAGGAAUCAAAAGCAUGAAAGAGAGACUGGAGGAAAAGAAACGAAAGACAGAUGAGGAAAGAGAGAGGCUGAAGAACAAGUUCAGAGAAAAAGAGGAAACACUCAGAAGAGAGUUUGAGGAGAAAGAAAGAUCAGAGCAGGAGAAACUAGAGAAGGAAGAUCAGAAACAAUUUGAAGAGGAAGAACAGCGAAGAGCUGAAUAUGAUCAAACAAUAGACAAGAUGAAGAGAGAGAUGGAAAAUGAGAAACUACAAUAUGAAAAACUGCAAAAAGAAAGAGAAGAAGAAGAUAGAAAGAGAGAAGAGAAAUAUAAACAAGAUCAAGAAAAGAUAAAAAAUGAGCAGGAGCGCAUCCUGUCAGAGUUAAGAAAAAAACAGGAAGAGGAAAUAAAAAAGAGAGAUCUAGAUGAACAAAAGAGGAAAAAACAAGAAGAAAAAGAGACAGAAGAAUGGAAGAGAAAAAUAAAAGAGGCUGAAAAUGACAAAGAGAUUCAAGAGGAAAUUAAACAACAGCAGAGAGAAUGGGAGGAAGAGAAGAAAAAACAGAUGAAAGAACAAGAGGAAGAGGAAAGAAAGAUAAAAGACAGACACAAGGAACAAUUGAGAGAAAAACAGGAAGAACUGGAGAACAUGAGAGAGAGAUUUGAAAGAGACAGAGAAGAAGAUAGACAGAUGAUCAAAGAGGAUAAACAUCAACAGGCAAGAGAGAGAAAAGAAAAAGAGAGAGAAUAUGAAGACAAGAGAAAUGAAAUGAAAAGACGUUAUGAGCAGCUGGAGCAAGAGAGAAAAGAGGAGUGGGAGAGAAGAAAACGAGAGGAUGAAGAGAGAAGAAGGGAGAAGAGAAAGAGAUGGGAGAAAAUUAUGGAAGACCUGAAACGAGAGCAAGAAGAAGAGAUCGAGAGAAGAGAAAGAGAGGAGAGAGAAAUAAUUAGAAGAAAAGAAAAAGAGUGUGAUGAAAUUAAACAAAAAUAUGACGAUGGAAUACAGAAGAUGAAGAAUAAAUAUCAAGAAGAAGCUGGAAAAUAUAGAGAAAAAUUGAAUGAUUUCAGAAAGAGAAAAGAGCAGCUUGAUCAUGAGUUCAAGGAGAGUCUUACACAACUAUAUGAACUGAAAGAGAAACAAGAAUUAUCAAUGUUCUGGCGUUUGGUGAAACGGGUAAGGCUAGGCUGACCUAAAACAUAGAGCUGACACCAUAACACAUUCAUGAUGGAGAAGAUGCUGAACACACACAUACAGAAAUGAAAGGGUUAAAGAAUAAUACUUAAUACUCUUAGCAUGUUUACACACACAUGCACACACAUUUUUUGUAGUUACAGAUAUUUAAAGUAAAUAAUAGGUAUUAAAAUCGUGUAACUCUCCUCUUUAUAACACAAUUGUCAGCUUUCCCAUUAAUAAUAAUGUGGCACAGUUGUCAAAACUGAUGCUUUAAACAGGAAGUCAGAUAUUUUGAAUUUUCUCUGCAAAAUUCUUUCAGUUUUUGCUAUUUCCACACAUUGUGCUCCUCCUAGAGCUUUAAUCAGAUCAACAUCAUAUUUGGUCAGUUUAAUUUAAAGGCCUUUGAGACACUAAAUUGCAAAGAUCUAGAGUUUUCACUGAAGGAUGUGUCCGUAGCGGCCUGACAAAGUUUGAUGUUUCGCCAUGAAACAGACCGUUGUUGUAACUCGGGCAUACAAUGUCUGAUCUGCCUCAAACUUCACACGAUUGAUAAAAGUCCUGCCCUAAACGCAUUUUCAUGGCAAUAUUCAGUUACAGUCAUAGCGCCACCUGCUGGCAGCAGGAAGUGUGUCACUCUCCUAUAUUUACCUGCUUAAAUGAAUGUCGUCAACUGUUCACUGUUUUCCUAAGGUGUGUUUUCCCUGGGUGUGAGGGACCUUUCAAUGCUGCUUACAGCUUAAAUUUUCUGUUUUUGUUAUUUAUUUAAUCAUAUAAUCAUUUUUCAUUUCAUUAUUCAAUUUAAUCAUAAUCACUAAAUUUUACCCAUUUCAUAAUUUAUUACAUAACUAAUUUUUCUAGCUCUUCUUGUUUUUGUGUAUUGUUAAUUGUUGUUCAAUCAUAUGAUUGUGUGGUCUCAUGGUAUGUUGCUCUUCAUAAGUAAGAGAUAAGGGAAUGUCUCCAUUUUAAGGUUUUUAACAUCACAGGACGAUGUUGUGAAGCAGCUUUUGCUUUGGUAUAAUAACACUUGAUUUAUGUGUAUCACAACAGACAUGGCCAUCUGACCAAUCAGAGGAGAGUAGACUUGUGUGUGGGAAUGUACUAUUCUAUCUCUCUAUUUUAUCUUUCUGUAUCUUACUAAAGGGCUAGGGUCCCUUUUCAGAAAAUGCAAUUUGCAAGAACUGUUUCCUGUUUUGCUGUCAGAGGUGAAGAACUGGAAACAAGAACUGUCUGCUUGCUUAAACACCCACUUACUAUAAAGAUUGAGAGACUCAGACUCUCUCAGCUUCUUCUUCUUCCACUCUGUUCUCUCUACUGAUCCACAAUAAAGAACAUUGAUAUUCUCCA